GAACCCCACUUGGAUAAGAAAACACUAUCAUUAGCUGACUACAGAUGGCUGUUGAACGAUGUAGCUUCACAAUUGGGAGAAAAGGAUGUAGAAGGACUCAAAUUUCUCAUGACAGACUUCAUUAGUGCUGGUGUCCUCCAGGACAUUGUAAAACCUAGAAAGCUUUUUGAGGAAAUGGAAAAAAGAUAUUUGCUUGAAUGCAGUCAUUUCACACUGCUGGUGCUAUGCUUAGAACAGAUUGAGAGAAAGGAUCUUGUAAAGAAAAUAAAGGACUUUUACAGUAACCAUGGAAUUCUGCUGCAAAGCAAAGACUGCAAACCAUUUAGCAAACAUAUAUUUACUUUGUUCUCUGUUUCUAAAAUGCUGACUUCUGAUGAUUUGAAUAAUAUGAAAUACCUUCUUUUAGAUGAAAUUAAGGGCCAAGAAAAAGAUAACAUUGAUUCACCUCUUCAGUUGUUCACUGCUAUGUUAAAAAAAGAUAUCAUUUCUGAAACUGAUGACAGCAGGCUGCAGCAAUUGAUGGAACAAAUUCACAGAAAUGAUAUUAAGUCCAAAAUGCAUAAAGAGUUCUCUGAAGAUUAUUUGAGACUUAUCGACAGUUUAGGUCUGGAGCACAUAAUGGCCAAAUUGUCCAUUAGUCCAAAAGUAGACGAUGUUGAUACACAUCCUGCAUGCACUCCCUUGGAAAGGGGUGAUGGACAACAUCAUAUGCUGUUAGUUAGCCACCCUGAAGAUGAGAGUAGCCUUAAGUUCCCAGAGCAAGCACAGGAUUCUAUGCCCAGCCCACCUGUAGCAGAAGACAGUUGGGAUAGUGGGACAGUGCUUGAGUACAUGAGUGUUGAAAAGAUGAAGGAAUACUGCAGCGAAAAUUCUCUUGGGAGUGGUGGCUUUGGAGAAGUCUUUAAAGGUUCCAAAAAAUACAGAGACAAAGAAGUUGCCAUCAAAGUUUGUAAGAAAGCCAAAAAGGAACAUGAGCUCCAGUAUGUGAAGGAAAAGAUUGUUGGUCAUAUAAGACAUCCCUUUCUGUUGCCAUUAUAUGCAGUUGCAGCUACACAGAAGGAAAUCUAUCUGAUGUAUCCAUAUAUGGAGAAGAGAGACUUGGAUUAUGUACUAAAAAAUACAAGUCCUGUACCAGGCUGGUGUGACAGGUGCCGCAUUAUAUACCAAGUCUGUGCAGGCCUACAAUAUCUCCACACACCAGUUAAGAGUGGGGGUGUUAAAAUUAGAAACUCUAUUCUCCACAUGGAUAUCAAACCCAGCAACAUUUUGUUGGAUCAGGAAUUAAAUGCCCGCAUUGGAGACCAUGGAUUGGCUACAGAGAUGAAGUCUAAACAGAGCAAAGUUACUGCUAUUGGCCAUGGUGCUGUUAGUUAUCAGGAUCCAGACUUUCUCUACUCCUCCUAUAAGAACAAGUACCGCAAGGAAUAUGAUGUUUUCAGUGUUGGAGUUGUUAUGCUGAGGUUGAUGCAAGCAGAACAAGAUGAAGAUGAAGAUGACGAUGAGGACAACAAAAGUUACAUUUGGGAGAAGUUCAGGAAUGAAGACGGAACUUGUUGUGAUGUUGAAAAGGUUACUGACAAGGCACAGAAAGAUUUACCUGGAAUCUGGCCUGUUCGAUCAGAGAAGAUGUUCAAAUGUACAUAUAAAUUUGCUGAGUUGGCCCUGAAGUGCAUAAAGAAACCAAUUGCCAACAGAAUAAGUCUGGAUGAUCUCCAGGAUAGCAUUAGAGAGCAAGGCGCUGGCAGUACACAUGGUUUUAGUCCAGACAUGUCUUGUCCGCGAGGUUCCACUGGCUCUGCCACCACAUCACUGUAA